UUCCUUGAAACUAAAAACAACCCAAUGGCAACACAGCCGCAACCGGCAGCAGCUUCCUUUACUUGUUUCUUCUCAUUGUUCUUCUCAUCCUCCUCCUUUGUACCUUAAAACAGUAUUUGUUUAGCUUCUUCUCAAAUGUCUAAGCCCACAUUAUUCUUGUCCCUGUGAUCUCUUUGGAUCAGUAUCUUAUAUACCCUUUAUCACUAUUGCACUCAGUAAAGGAAUUCAAGUACUUUUCUUAAACAUGGAGCAAUAUGAAGUAUUGGAGCAAAUUGGGAAGGGAGCUUUCGGUUCAGCUCUUCUAGUGAGGCAUAAGCAUGAAAAGAAGAAGUAUGUGCUGAAAAAGAUACGUCUCGCCCGCCAGACUGAUAGAUCACGAAGAUCUGCUCAUCAGGAGAUGGAGCUCAUUUCUAAAAUCCGCAAUCCAUUUAUUGUGGAGUACAAAGAUUCCUGGGUGGAAAAGGGUUGCUAUGUCUGCAUUAUCAUAAGUUAUUGUGAAGGCAGAGACAUGGCUGAAGCCAUAAAGAAAGCGAAUGGCAUGCUUUUCCCCGAAGCGAAACUGUGCAAGUGGCUUGUUCAUCUCCUGAUGGCUCUCGACUAUCUGCACUUGAAUCACAUUCUUCAUCGUGACGUCAAGUGUUCAAAUAUCUUUCUGACAAAAGAUCAAGACAUACGUCUUGGCGAUUUCGGACUUGCUAAAAUUUCGGCUUCAGAUGAUCUUGCAUCCUCUGUUGUCGGAACUCCGAGCUAUAUGUGCCCCGAGUUUCUGGCUGAUAUACCUUACGGUUCUAAGUCUGAUAUCUGGUCAUUAGGGUGCUGUAUAUAUGAAAUGACUUCUCUCAAGCCUGCAUUUAAAGCAUUUGGUAUGCAGGCGCUGAUAAACAAGAUUAACAGAUCUAUAGUCUCUCCACUUCCUACAAAAUAUUCCAGUGCCUUCCGCGGCCUUGUGAAAAGCAUGUUGCGCAAAAAUCCUAAACUUAGGCCAAGUGCCGAGGAACUGCUCAGGCAUCCACACCUUCAGCCUUAUGUUGUUAAAGUUCAUCAUAAAAUUAAUAAUCGUAGAAGGAAUACUUUACCUGUGCUUCGGCCUGAAACCAAUAUAAAGAAAACUAGAUUUUCGGACCCCAUAGAUACCCUCUUCUCCAUUUACAAGGAGAGGCAUCGAUCCAACGACAGGACUUUAAAUCCAAGCAUAUCAGGAGCCGAGCAAGAUUCUGUCUGCUCUACCAAAGGAAUACAUCAUGAUACAAAUGGUAUACUGAAUAGAAGGUUAGAAGAUUUGUCUAUUGAUAGCAGCCAAGAAGGAACUGUUAUUUGCAAGCUGAUUACUUCGAAACUUUCAAGUGUCACCAAGGGUCCGAAAUGUUCUUUGACAAAAGCUUCUGCAACUCCCAAGAGAGAGAAAGAGCUUUUGAGAAACCUUGACUCGGUUUCGCGCACUCCAGUUAAGAAACCUCUCCCCUCAACUCGAAGAGCUUCCUUGCCUCUGCCGACAAGAACUACGGUUCAAGAACCUCCUUGUAGAUCUAAUGCUGGUAUUCUUCACCACAUACAAUCAUCGGAUGUCUCCGUCAAAGCUCCUCGAAUUGAUAAGAUAGCUGAAUUCCCGUUAGCCUCAUAUGAAGAUGCAUUCUUCCCCAUCAACAAAACUUCUCCAAAAUCUGAACGGGGCUUCUCUAGCACGCCACAAUUUGUCAACCAUUCAAUCACGAAAGACAAAUGUACAGUUCAUAAAUGCGAUCAAUUGUCUAGCAAGCCAAAUUUCGCUGAUGCAUGACAGGGAAUUCAACACAGCUCGUUCCAUGCAGAUGGAG